AUGCCCAAAGCCCUCGUAAUCGAAAAGGUCGAAGGCAAGCCCGGGAAAGUCUACUACCCUCUCAAGACCAUCGAGCAGCCCACCCCACAACCAAAGGACAACGACCUCGUAGUGAAAAUCACCCACGCCGCCCUCAACCAUCGCGAUCUCUUCAUCCGUCAAGGUCUCUAUGGUGCCAUUGGCUUCGGCGUUCCUCUCCUCGCCGAUGGCUGCGGAGUAGUAGUGCAGACCGGCAACAAAGCAAAAGCAUGGCAAGGCAAGCGUGUCAUCCUCAAUCCAGGACACGGAUGGAAGGAUCACCCUGAUGGCCCAGAGUCGGUCAAGGGAUAUGCCAUCUUGGGAGGCACGAAGUUGAACCCGCUCGGCACUGCGGCGGAGGUGCUGUGUAUCGAUGCUAGUGAGGUUGAGGAGGCACCAAGCCAUUUGACAUCUGCUGAGGCAGCCGCACUCCCCCUCGCAGGACUCACCGCAUGGAGGGCCGUUAUGACAAAGAGCCAAGCCGCGAAGAAAGGGAACAACAUCCUCGUCACCGGAAUCGGAGGCGGCGUCGCAGUCAUGGCACUUCUAUACGCAGUAGCAGUCGGCGCAAACGUCUACGUCUCCUCCGGCUCACAGGAGAAAAUCGAGAAAGCGAAACAACUCGGCGCAAAAGGCGGCGUGAACUACAAGGAGAAAGACUGGGACAAGAAACUCGCCGCUGCACUCGAAAAAGACACCGGCAGGAAAAAGCUGGACGCCAUCAUCGACGGUGCGGGUGGAGACAUUGCACAAAUUGGCGCGAAGCUCCUGAAAGAUGGCGGCGUGAUUGCACAGUAUGGUAUGACGGUGGGACCGAAGAUGACGUGGAUUAUGCCGGAUGUGCUCAAGAAUAUUGAGCUGAGGGGUAGCACAAUGGGGUCGAGGAAGGAGUUUGCGGAUCUGGUGAAGUUUGUGGGCGAGAAGGGGCUGAAGCCGUUGGUCAGCAGGACGGUGCAGGGGAUUGAGAAUAUUAAGGAUAUUGAUAGUCUUUUUGAGGAUAUGAACAAGGGAACUCAGCUCGGCAAGCUUGUGAUUGAGAUUGCGAAGGAUGACGGUGGAGGCAAGAGUAAGCUGUAG